AUGGGUGCAUCCCGCAUCGAAACACUGCCCGAUGAACUUCUUGAUCUUAUCGUGCAGCAUGUCGAGAACCGCGCUACUCUCUACGCUCUCUGCUUAGUGUCGAGAGACAUGAAUCGCAUCGCCACGGCGCGACUGUAUGCCCAUAUUCAACUCGAAAAAGACGACUUUAGACAUCUCCGUCCCCUAGCGCUGUUGUUCUGGACGUCUGCGCCUCACCGCCAAGUCGUGCGUUCGUUUGGUGUCCGCCAUGCGUACGGCGGCAAUCUGGAUCCGUGGCCCCAUCACCCAGAGUUGGAUGCCAUUAUCAGCAAGAACCUC